UUUCUUUUCCUGUGUCAAAAGGUUAACUUCGCUAAUGGUGAUUGCAACCCCACGCACAAUGUGCUCACAUAUUUUCUCAGUUUCAACCUGGCUGGUGGUAGGCUAAUGUGGAAGACUACCUCGUGUUUAAGCUAGCGCCCUUGGAAGGCGAAAUGAGUUUUCACGGUGCUUAUGGUGCUCAAGGUGCAAGAACUGAGCCAGAAGAAUAAAGGCACCCGUUUGAAACUCCACGUCUGACUAAUUCAUUCCAAGAGGCCGCUACAGCGAGUCAUCAUAAAGAAUGAAGUCACACAAGGGUGACCCAGGAAGCGGUGAUGACAUGAUUAAGUUGUCCCUCCCAUGAGAGCUGCACCGGUGAGGGACAGAAUGAACGACUAUGAGGCCGAUACGGCGUUCCUUGGGGACUGGGGGGGCUUCCAGCGGCAGCUCUCAUUACUGCUCUGCAUCACCAUGAUCCCCAAUGGCUACUGCGGCCUGGCCAUCGUCUUCCUGGCGGGCACGCCAGCCCACCGCUGCCGAGUGCCUGUGCACGGGCUCAACUUGACGGCAGCAUGGAGGAACGUCAGCAUCCCGCUGGAGGAAGACGAUCAGCCGGCCAAGUGCUCCAGAUACCAGCUGGAGGCUCUCCAGGCUUUCUCGGAGGAAGGCGUGCUGCCCUCCGAGGUCAACCUGAGCAGCGUGCCGCAAGAGGGCUGCCUGGACGGGUGGGAAUAUGACCGCAGCGUCUACACCUCCACCAUCGUAUCUGACUGGGAUCUGGUGUGCGAGGACCAGUGGAAGAAGCCGUUGACCUCCUCACUCUUCUUUUGCGGCGUUCUCAUCGGCUCCUUCCUAUCAGGACAGCUCUCCGACAGGUUUGGGAGGAAGAGAGUGAUGUUUGUCACACUUGCAAGCCAGACGACGUUCGCCUUCAUCCAGGUCUUCUCUCCAUCCUGGAUGGUGUUCUGCAUCCUUUUCUUCCUCACCGGAAUGUCACACAUAUCCAACUACUUGUCUGCGUUUGUGCUCGGAACGGAGAUCUUAGGUCCACGUCUGCGUGAGUUCUUCUCCACGGCGGGCUCGUGUCUGUUCUUUGCGGUGGGCUACAUGAUGCUGCCGCUCCACGCCUACUUCAUGCGAGACUGGAGGCGGCUGCUGCUGUGCCUCUCUGCGCCCGGAUUCCUCCUCUUGCCUCUCUGGUGGUUCAUCCCGGAGUCUCCGCGCUGGCUGCUAUCUCAGGGAAGGAUCACCGAGGCGGAGGACAUCGUGAAAAACGCCGCCAAGAUGAACAAAAAGGAUCCGCCUGCUAAAAUCUUCAGUCCUCUGAAGCAAGAAUUCAAGAAGCCCAAGGCCUACAACAUCUGUGACAUGCUCCGUUCUUGGAACAUCCGCUGGAUUUCUCUCUUGCUGUGGCUGGUCUGGAACAUAGUGGCCAUCUCCUACUUGGCCCUCUCCCUCAACACGUCCAACCUUUACGGCGACGCCUACUUGAACUGUUUCCUGUCAGCCACGGCGGAGGUCCCCGCCUAUGUGAUAUCGUGGCUCAUGUUCCGCUGCUGCUCCAGGCGGCUGACCCUCUCCGCCAGUCUCUUUGCGGCAGGAUUCUUCCUUCUGGUCAUCCAGCUCAUUCCAGCCGACCUGAUCUCCCUCGCCAUCGUGCUGGAGAUGACGGGGAAGUUUGCUUUGACUUUGGCGUUUGCACUCGUGUAUGCGUACUCUGCAGAAGUCUACCCGACCGUGCUGAGGAACACGGCCAUGGGCGCUUGCUCCAUGGCCUCCAGGAUAGGCAGCAUCAUUGCUCCGUACUUCAUCUACUUGAGAAGCUAUUCCGCCUCGCUGCCUUACAUCCUGAUGGGAGGCUUGACCACAAUGGCGGCGUUGCUGAGCCUCCUGCUGCCCGAGAGCUACGGAAUGCCUCUUCCGGAAACCAUCGCCAACAUGCAUCCCUUUCCUGGAUGCUGUCGGAAGAAUGUCUAUAAACUCACGCACACCAAAGAAGAAGAGAAUGCGACUGAGAAGAAGUCCCAGGAUGUGCAGGCAGAACAACAGGAGCAUUUACACGAGGAAUCACUAAAAUGAGUAUCAUUAGUGGAUAUCAUCAACAGGGACUUUUAAUGACGUGAUGUAGAAACAAAUCCAAUGACUCACUAUUACCACAUUAUUAUUCUUUUUAAAUUCUUUAUUUUCUAUGAGAAAUGUAGAAGACAAAUAAAACAUAUCAGUCCUUGAAAUGAUGCCGUCUACUGCAGACUGAUUUUAGCAUUUAAAUGAUCACAGGCUUCACAAGACCGUCACGCAUUUGGAGGUUUUUCUUCUUGUGAUGCAUGGACGCAUCAGGCUGUAAGACAGAGGCGGAAAAGAACAUUGGGAAUUAGUUACACAAUAAUCACACAUUGGCUGCAAAAAUGGGUUUUGAAGUUGUAUUAAGACCUUUGCUACCAAGAAUAACAACAUAUGAAUUUUUGCACUGUUUUAUGCAGAAUAGCAAACAUUCUCCCACAGCAGCUGGAGGAAGCGCUGUCCUGGAACGAGGAAAGACCCAAUAGAGACGCAGAAGAGGAAAAAGACUCCUCGCGUAGCUGAACGCAGCCAUCGUUUGGGACAUCAUGGAUGAAGGUGAGAACCUUGUCAGAUUUUGUAGAUUUCUUAUUGCUAAGACCGAGUCCACAGGGGACGUUCCUGAGAUUUUUUUUUUGACAUGUUGAAAAAAAUGUGUGUCCACACUGUGCUGGGUUAGUAAAUACUUUCAUCCAGACAGGAAUGGAUCAGCGGGUGAAAAGGAUGUAAUACACAAGGCA